CCUCCAAUGAGAUCGCAUAAAUAUUUGAUUGACAUGGUUGACAGCCCAUAGCAGUUAUCCAGCCGAUUUGGCGAUGUCUCGUGUCUUUUCUCAGCGCGUACUUGAUAUGUAGACAUUUAUAUUCACUUGUAUUAAUCAAACCGUUUUUGGCCUCGUUGGGCCUUAAUGAAAAAAAUAUCAAUUAACUACGAGUUAUUUUUACCGUUGUUGGAAUCGCGUUGCGUACACGAUUGAUUGACGUGGCCCACAGCAAAUAGCAAUGAUGCGGCUGUCGUGACGACGCUUGGCCUCAGUUUCCGGCCGCAAUGUGCUUUCGGGUGCUGAUGCUGAUGAGGCAGCCCCUGCCGUUCUCGGAAGCAUCAUGUUUUUCACCGUGCUUGUUCGCCUGCUGUCACAGCGCUGUUGCGUGGACUUGUGCCUGGGCGGCUUACUCUUGUUCCUGGCCGGGCUGCAGCAGGCGGAGGCUGCCGCAGCCGCAGCCGCAGCCGCUGGAGCCCCCACGGCAGAGAUGGUCAACCUGAACUGGAAGCCGUUCAUCUACGGCGGGAUGGCCUCGAUCGUCGCAGAAUUCGGCACGUUCCCCAUCGAUUUGACAAAGACGCGGCUCCAGGUGCAGGGUCAGUCCCAGUACAUGGAGGUGCGCUACAAAGGCAUGUUCCACGCCCUGUUCAGGAUUGGCAAGGAAGAGGGCAUCCGAGCGCUCUACUCAGGGAUCUCUCCUGCGCUCUUGAGACAAGCGUCUUAUGGGACCAUCAAGAUCGGAACCUAUAACUCCCUGAAGAGGCUUUUUGUCAGUCGCCCAGAAGACGAGACCAUGGUCAUCAACGUCUUCUGUGGAGUGGUCUCCGGCGUCCUGUCGUCCUCGCUGGCCAAUCCCACGGAUGUCCUCAAGAUCCGAAUGCAGGCGCAGGGCAGUCUGCUGCAAGGCAGCAUGAUGUCCAACUUCAUCAACAUCUACCAGACGGAGGGCACCAAAGGCCUGUGGCGAGGCGUCAUUCCCACGGCGCAGCGGGCCGCCAUCGUCGUCGGCGUUGAGCUUCCCGUCUACGACAUCACAAAGAAACACCUCCUGCGAUCAGGCGUCAUGGGCGACACCAUUUUGACACACUUCAUUUCAAGUUUCACAUGCGGCCUGGCGGGGGCGCUGGCCUCCAACCCCGUAGACGUGGUGCGCACGCGCAUGAUGAACCAGCGGGUGCUGUCGGGGGCACCCAUGUACAAAGGCACGCUGGACGGCGUGAUGCAGACGUGGAGGAACGAGGGCUUCUUCGCGCUCUACAAAGGAUUUUGGCCCAACUGGCUGCGGCUGGGGCCUUGGAACAUUAUCUUCUUCAUCACCUUCGAGCAGUUGAAGAAGCUCCCGUUGUAAGGUGGGGAGCGAUCGUCGGGGCAGCGCCGAUCUGUCGGACUGGUGUCGGCCAUGCGGCAUCUUGGGGGGGGGGGGAGACGCGGAAGAAAAAGUAAUACCGGGAGGGUUGUGGCACCGGCGUCUAUUCACACUCCUUUACCAGCAACUCCACCACAGCAUCAGCCAGCCUCUCCACACACUCGUGCAACACCUCAUGUGUAUUUUAUUUUGUCUUUUUUGUGGGGGGGGGGUCAGGGGGUGCUCUUUAUUCAUGGGUGACGGAUUCUGUUUUCACCACAGUCGUGAGCACUGACACCAGGCAGCUACCGGUACUUUUAUCAGGGCUCUAGCAGGAAACAAGACAGACAGAUGGAGUUAGAACCUGGUUACUGCGGCACACCAGGUGAGUUUAAACCUCAGCUUUUCUUCAAAGAUAAUUCAUCUAAAGUCACGCGCAUCCGAGAGGCUUGAAAUGUUUUGUCAGUCGCAUUACAAGAACUUGAUAGUAAGGUGCCAUGUACGUUUAUUAUGUUUCGUUAGGCCGGCGAUUCUCGAGGCUGAAAAAAGCCCGACGACGCAAGCAUCAAUCUGAACCAAAAGCCUUUGCUGCGACACUGGUAGAAACAUAGCAGCGACGUGUAUUUUGCGCUUUAAGGCUUGUGCGGGUCACGACUAACAACGAAAGUCAAACGUGCCAAAAGUAGGUUCACUCUUAAGUAUUGCCUAUAUACUGUACUACUCUCACAAUGUCUGUGACAGUCUUUUCGCAUCGCUCUUGCAAUCUGCCGAUGACAAAAUAAGCCCCUGACAACUGGAAGUUGGCCUGUUUUACUGCCACUUCUCUUCCCUCCCCCCACUUUCCCUGUGUGAUAAUAUGAGCCGUUCCUUUCAUGUCAUCAGCAGGUUGCAAUCGAGCCUGGAACCAUCUUUUCAAGCAGGAAAGGGGGGGGGGGGAAGAGAAGGGACAAUAAAACAGGCCAAAAUCCAGACAUCAGGGACUCUCAUCAGCAAGUCGCAACAGACACAUUGAGAGACUUAAAGAGUCACAGAAAGCUUCACAAGUGGAUUAAGGCAUGGAUUAAUAUAGUCACAAAACUGUAAUAAGGCACACAAGCGUCAAAAGAAGUCAGUCGCAUCAUUUUGAAAAAAAAAAAAUCUCUUCUGAGUUCUGAGGCAUAUUUCUGGUUUUGGAAGGCAGAUUUGGCUUUCACAUGCUUUUCAUUGGCCGCUUACUGAGAAACAAAUCGGUGGUCGUCGUGCGGUUGGUAGUCUGCAUCCAUGGUCCCAAAACAUUGAAAAUUGCUCACUUUUGAAAGAAUCGUUGCAGUUUUUGGUACUCAACCAAGCCUCGCAUAACUUGUGUGCGUGUGUGUCUGCCGCAGAGUGAACCUUCGUAUUUAAUGAUUAUUGUUUGAUACCUAUUUAUUUUCACGAGUGGGUCCAGUCUGGCGUUUUUGUUUCAUUUAAUUUAUUUUUUGGAGUCGAACACGCUUAAAUUGACGCUGCUUUCAUUCCCGCUCACGCGUCUGUUUUACAAUCAGACACGUCACUUUAGCGCCUAGUCGUUCAUUCAAUGUUACAAAAAAAAAUGCUCAAUUAUACUUUUAUGGGGGGUUAUUUCCGCGUUUUCUGAUUUUUGAUUGUAGCUGUAUAAAGCACUUUUUGCCUUUUGUUGUAUUGAAUAGAAGAACUGAAAUAUACUCCAUAGGUCAUCCAAAUGUUUUUAUAAAGGCACACUCAAUUUUUGAAAACAAUGCAACAAUUUGCACUUUGGGCUCAGUUCUUUCUUUUCCUGUUGUUGUUGGCGGUGGUGCUUUUACUUGUUGAAAUUGUUGACGUUUUAUGCUGGUGGUUUUGGAUGCAGAUUUGUUGAUUGUCAUCUGUUGUGUGUCAAAAAAAAUGGCUUCAAUCCAUGUAGACUUCAAAUAAUUAAAAAAAACAAAAAUCAAUAGUAUCCAGUGAUUUACUUUUCUUUUUUUUCACCCAUAUUGAAGAAUAAAAAAAUACAAAACAAAAAUAAAUGAAUAAACAUCAUUAAAAAUACAAAACCGUAAAUCGAUGUCACUUCCCGCAACCCUUGUGAGGAUAAGGCAGAUCGGAAAAUGGAUGAAUGGAUUUUUUUUUUUAUCAUUACCAAAAAAAUAUAUAUCGUUGAUUUGAAAAUCGAUGAAUUGCAAAUGAGAAAACGGAAGAGCCGUUCGAGCAGUCCUCCCAUUGGACCAAUCAGAUGGUUUGCUCCGCCCACAUGCCAAUUAAUUCAAGUGUCGACAGGUGUCGGCUCAUCCCACGCCAGACUUGUGACACCAGUCAAGUUAAGAGUUUGGAACAAGAAGGCUGACUUUUCGGUGGGGCGCCAACAGCAAAUAUGUUUGCUUGAGCUGUUCUAGUUCCCUUUAUCUUCUUUACUUUUUUUUUUUUUUACUUGUCAGAGCACCCUACGUGCUUUUUU